CGAAUUCAUUCUCUCUAAACUCCCUUGUAAAGGCACCCGUGCAUUCUCCGUUAUAAUAUAAAUUGGGCUACAGGUGUUCCACCUAAAGUCCUACCGGUCACUCUGCAUGCUUUUACCUUUCUUACUUUGCCAAAUCAAACAAACUAUUCUAGACCUGGUCUAGUAUAGUUUAACCGGUCAAGUAAUUUACACCAUCAUUUUUGGUGCCAUCCGUGGGACCGUUAAGGUUUCUCUUCAUCUAAACACAAACCUACCCACAAAGACACCACUCAAAAUGUCUUCAAGCCAACAAAUCAACGCUACCUCCGCUCAGGUGCAAACCACUACUGAGGGAGCCACCAUCCCCAUGGUCGCUACCCUACCGGCCAUUUCUACUCCGGUUUUGCCGUUGGGUCUAAGUUCGGUCCCAACACCCAGCAUGGUCAGCCCAUUCGCGACCCAUGUCCCUUCUGCUGGACCAAGGGUCACAUUCCCACCAAGCAUGACUCAGUUCAUGAACGAUCCGGCCAACCUGCAGGCCAUCCAGGGCUUUGGCCAAGUCAUGGUCAUGUGCCAGCUGAAUGGGGGGAUGCCUUUUCUCCCUAGUAUGUUCUCGUUCGCUCUUCCAGGCACGGGAGCCAUGCCCCUACAAGCUCCAAUGGCGGUGUCUCCCUUCCAGACGCCGGUGCCGCAGCCAUCACCUUUCCAACCACAGCUGGUCAGCACCGUAGCCCCUGUCAACCUGACUGGCGCGCUUAACGCUGCAGGGCCGUCGCGUCCCCCACAAGGUACGAAUCCAAAGAUUACCCCUGAUGGUCACUGCAUCUCAGUUGAGAGCGGAGACGAGGAGUGGGACAUUCUGAGGGCCCACAAGAAGAAGAAGGGGAAAGCCGUCCGGCCAGCCACUUCCCGAAACUCCGCCUUCGAAAGGCAGGGGGACAGGGAAGAGGGCCAGAGGAAAUCAGCCAAGCUGAGGCUGGGGCAAAGUGCUGCCCAUGUCAGCGCAUUCGCCCGGUUAGGCGAGCAGAUGGAGGCAAAACUGGAAAGGCUGGAGAACAAGGUCAGGGAAAAGAAUGACCGGGACAAACCCCUGACUGGGUCCCCGUUCACCACAAGGGUCCAUCUAACACCUUUCCCGCGAAAGGUCAAGAUCGACGCCCCUAGAUGCACCGGGAAGGAAGAUCCGGAAAUCCAUCUGGACUCCUUCAACCAAAGUGCAACCAUGAACGGCUGCACAAACGAAGAAAAGUGUCUGCUUUUCUUCCAAACCCUGCAGAAUCGAGCUACUGAAUGGUUCAACAAACUUCACCCAGGAAGUAUUGAUUCAUUCAGUGACUUGGCCUCAAAAUUCAAGGCCAAGUUCCAGGAGAACUGUACUAAGAGGAAGAAAUUCACCUAUCUUAGUACAACCAGGCAGAGGGAGUCUGAGAACCUUACUCAGUUCCUUACCCGGUGGAAGGAAGAGGUAGACAAGGUGGAAGAGAUGGAUGACAAGAUCGUCUUAUCCCUUCUCUUGAAUGGCUUACGUGCCGGGGAACUAUACAAGGAGUUCUGCCGGAAACCCCCGGCCACGUACCAAGAGGCCUAUCACACUGCGUGGGAGUUUGCUGAGGCCAAAACCCAACUCCGGGCAAAGAAAGAAGCUGAGCAUGGCUUCAAGCCCAGGCCGGUGCAAGUCAAGAAGGAAGAAGCACCGGGUCCUAGUCGGCCAAGGCAUCACUAUGACCCGGUCGUCCGUAUGGUCAAUACGGAAGAAUGCCAAGAAAUCCGGAAAGCACUGGUAAUUCCUCCGGAAAACCCUACCGGUCAAACAGGAAGACAAUGGUCGGGCACCUAUUGUUCAUACCAUAGGUCAGAUUCCCAUAACACUUCUGAAUGCAAGAGUGUUAAGAGAGUCAUCCGGCAAAUGAUAGACAGCGGAGAGCUGGGCAAGGAUUAUUUGCAGAAAGCCCAGGAGAAGAGCCACCAAUGGGUUAAACCAGCGACCCAGGGAAAUGACCGGGAUACUGACCGACGGAGGAAUAACCGGCAAAGGGAGCAGCAACCUGCUCUUGAAAAAAAACAUAUUGGGAUGUUCUUCGGCGGACCUGAAGGUGCAGAUCCAGCCGCGCAACGGAAGAAUUGGGUCCGCAACAUUUACGUUGGUGAAGUAAGUGUUGAACCGGCCAGGCGUAAGCAUACCAGGAGGGAACCGAUCGUCUUUACUGACCGGGACCUCCCCCCUACCGGUGAAGAUCAUAAUGAUCCUUUGGUUAUUACCAUGGACAUUAAUGGGGUGGAUGUUGCCCGGGUACUUGUUGACACCGACAGCAGUGUCAACAUCUUGUACCUGGAAACUUUCCAAAAACUCAGGUUGUGUCGGACACAACUUGAACCCCUCAAAACCCCUCUAUCAGGCUUCACGGGAGAUACAGUGGAAGCUGAAGGAUCCAUAGUUCUACCGAUCGAACUAGGAUCGGGUGAAAAAACCGUGUGGAAGAAGAUGCGGUUAAUAGUUGUGGACAUCAAAUGCGUCCACAACGCAAUCCUUGGAAGACCGGGCAUCAAUAAGGUCGGGGUGGUGAUUUCCAUGUCUCACCUGUGCAUGAAGUUCCACACACCAGGUGGUGUGGGUGAGGGGUGGUAUCGUGUUUACCACCCAGAAGGGUUCAAGAUCUACCAUGCAAUCGUGUUCAACUUCAAGUUGAUGAACAAUGAGGCACAAUAUGAAGCUCUGGCUGGAGGGCUCAGACUUGCCCAAGCCCUGAAAAUCAGCCGGGUCAGUAUCAAAUCUGACUCUAGCCUAAUUGUUGGGCAAGUGACCGGUAACAUGGAAGCAAGAGAAGGACGAAUGGCACAAUACAAGGACCUGGUGCUUGCCCUGUUGAAAGACUUCGAGGAAUUCAGGAUCGCCCAGAUUCCCCGGGCAGAAAACGCGGAUGCAGACCUUCUCUCCAAACUGACACAGUAUUCCCCCGAGCAUGUUUCAAAACUUGCCCGGGUAUAAAUUCUUGAUCGUGCCAGCAUCGAAAAAUUGGAAGUCCCUACAAUAACAGCAACAGGCCAAUCUGACUGGUCAAACCUGGUCGGGGCGGACGACCAUUGGAUGUACGAUCUCAUGGAACACUUGAUGGAUGGGAGCUUGCCAGAACAAGAAGACCGUGCAAGAAAAGUAAAGCUCAGGGCACCCC